UCUACACCAAAAAGUCAACAAAGAUCGCCAUGCAAUAGGGGGAAAAAGAGAAAGGGGGAGAAGGACUAAAAAUAGCUUUGGCCCUUGUUUCGCGACGGCCCAGGAAUAUUUGGUGAGCUGUGUCCAUAAGGAAAGACACUACUAACAUUUCUCAACACCUUGUGAAAUGGUUAUCCCAUAAUAGAAUUUGUCACUGUCAUGUGUCUCCAACCACAAAAAAUAUAAAUAUGGGAGUUUCAUGUUGUAGACCUCAUAUGAAUUCAUGACAAGAAGAACGAAGAUCAAAUAUUCUAAAGUUAAAUAUACAGAUGAAUGUGAAUUGAUAACACAACAGUCAGUGAUAUUAGACAACAAAAUGGCCUCAUUUUUUCAACAACUGAAGGCUCUGAUGCAGAGGAACAUUUUACUGAAGAAAAGGAACAAAAAACAGCUUAUCCAGGAAAUAUUUUUUCCAAUCUACUUUGUUGCCAUAUUGGCUAUGAUAAAGGCUUUAUCAAAACCUUCUACAAAACCAGCCAUUAAUGGGUUUCCUGUGAAUUCAUUGAAUGAUUCCACAUUCCAUUUCAAUGUUACAAAAAAAAUUCUUGUUUCUCCAAAUACAACAAAUAUCGAAACCAUCAUGACACAUGUUUCAAAUCUCUUGGGUUCUGUACAGUAUGAGAUGUAUGGUGAUAUGAAAACAAUUGAAGAUAUCUACAGAAACAACUCUAAGGAGAUUGGGGCAGGAAUUGUUUUUAAUUAUCAGGGUGGUAAUGUAAUGGACUAUGCUAUAAGAAUGGAUUAUAGUGAUGCAUCUACAGAUGGAAACUGGUUAGCAUUAUCAACUGCUGGCUGUAGAAAUAGUUAUCAAUUGAAUGGUACAAUGGGUGGAUCACAGUGUCAAGUAAAUAAUUUUUUAACAUCAGGAUUUAUAUGGUUACAGAACGCAAUAGACACAGCAUUAAUAAGGGUGCACAAAAGCAAUUCAUCUGUUGAAAUGCCUGAUGUUUCAGUCCAACUUAUGCCUAAAGGUCCAUUCACUUCAGAUAUUUCUAUAAUGCAAACCCUUGCAUCUAUCUACUUUGUGUUCGCGUACUCUCUUUUCAUCAAUUUCCUGACGACUAACAUCGUGGCUGAAAAAGAGAAAAAGAUACGAGAAGGAAUGAAAAUGAUGGGUCUCAGAGAUAUUGUAUUUUGGUUAUCAUGGUCAUUGAUAUAUGCCAUUCUUAUACUUUUUGUCACAAUAAUAGUCAUAAUUAUAGCUUACGCUUCAAAUUUUUUACCACAUAGUAACAUUUUUCUGCUUUUCCUCAUGUUAUUUUUAUACGGACUCUCAAUUAUAAACCUCGCUUUCUUACUAACGCCAUUCUUUAAGAAAGCUAAAGUGGCAGGAAUUGUUGCAGGAUUUUCUACUGUUAUCAUCAGUUGCUUGUAUUUUGCUGUGAGUUUGACAAGAACUCAAACUGUGGAUGGAUAUUCGUAUUCUGUUGGAGCUGGCGGUCAAGUAGCAUUGUGCUUUCUUUCUCCUGUUGCGCUUGCUCUAGCUGUGGAUCAGGGACUUUUCUUGGAUGUUGCAAAAGGUGGUAUGACAUUUGAAACUGCAACAUUAGGUGAAUUUCCCCUCUAUAUACCCAUAUUGAUGUUAUUUGUUGAUUUUAUACUGUAUGGAUUGCUGGCAUUUUAUUUAGAUCAUGUUAUUCCAGGAGAGUAUGGUGUACGGUAUAAACCAUGGUAUUGUUUAUUACCAUCCUAUUGGUGUCAGAGUAAAAAGAGCAACUAUGAUAUACAGUCCUUAAUAGACAAUCAGCAUAUAACGCAUCAUAGUGAUAUGACACAUGGCGAAGAUGUAGAAGAUGUUCCUCGAGAAAUGGAAGAAAAGGCUUCUAUUAGGUUGUAUAAUAUAGGUAAAACAUUUCCUGGUAAAGAAAAGGGUGAAACAAUAGAUGCUGUAAAUGGAAUAUCAUUAGAUAUAUAUGAGGGUCAAAUAACUGGAUUAUUGGGUCAUAAUGGUGCUGGUAAAACAACCUUAUUAAAUAUGUUGUAUGGUUUAAUUCCUACUACUAGUGGUGGUGCUAUUAUCAAUAAUUUAGAUGUAUCUGAUAGCAGUGAUAUGGAGAAGAUAAGAACUAUGUGUGGUAUUUGUCCUCAACAUAAUAUAUUGUAUGAUGAGUUAUCAUGCAAAGAACAUCUGCGUGUAUUUGCGGGUAUUAAGGGUGUACCUUCCAAUAAUGUAGAGUCAGUGAUAAAGCAGUCAUUAACUGAUGUUGAUUUAUUGGAUCAAGGUGAUGUGUUUGCUAAAGAUCUCAGUGGUGGUCAAAAACGUAAAUUAUCAGUAGCUAUAGCACUGAUUGGUGACCCCAAGAUAAUAUUUCUGGAUGAACCAACUGCUGGUAUGGAUCCUCACUCCAGGCGUCAUCUUUGGUCCCUCCUCAAGAAACAGAAAGCAGGAAAAGUUAUAGUACUUACCACUCAUUUUAUGGAUGAAGCAGAUAUACUUGCAGAUCGUAAGGCAAUUAUCAGUAAAGGUAAACUUCGAUGUUGUGGUUCAUCUUUAUUUCUAAAGAGUAAAUUUGGUAUAGGCUACCAUCUGAAUAUGAUAAGUGAACCAUCUUGUGAUGCUGACGAUGUGACGAAACUUCUUAAAGAAAAAAUAAAUGGUGUAGAGCAUAGAAGAUCACAUGGUAAAGAAUUAGCAUACACAGUACCAUUAAAUGAAGUGGACAAAUUUGCAGCAAUGUUUAAUUCUCUGGAGGAAAAAGGAUCUGAUGGUGUAACUAAAGCAGAAAAAAUGGGAAUAAAGAGUUAUGGUGUUUCCAUGACGUCAUUAGAGGAAGUAUUUUUGAAAUUAGGAAAUGAUGAAGAAUCUGAGGAUACCAAUGAUAAAUCAGCCAAUGGUACUAACAUGAUUAAUGUAAAUGAUGUUUCUGUCAAUAUAAACAAGAAUGGUACUCAAGAGGACGCCAACAAUCUUUUUAAUUCAAAGAAUUUACUUAAUUUGAAUAAAGGUAGUGCAUUAAUGAAACAAAGACUGAAAGCAUUUUUAAAGAUAAGAUUUUUGCUUCAAAUACGAGAGAAACUUGCGUUGAUUUUUCAAAUUUUUUUGCCGAUAAUCUUGGUCACAACUGGACUUCUUCUCAAUAAAUUUGGAGCAAAAGUUAACAAUACAAAUAAUGUAAUUUCUAUGUCUUUAAAACCAGAUCAAUAUGCCAGUUCAGAUUUCUUGUUUGUUGAUUCUAUGAAUGAUGCUACAUCACAAGCAGUUGUUACACAGUUAAAAACUUAUAUGCAAGUUGAUGAUAUUAAGAAUGCAUCAGUUGAUCUGAUGUCGAUAGCACCUCAUAAUAUUGGUGUUAAUCUACAAACAAUGGUUACUGGAACAUCUCUGGCAUACACAUCAUUAUACAAUGAUACAGCUCUAUUAUCAUUACCAGUUAUUGUCAAUAUUAUGUCUAAUAUUUUACUUGGAGUCAAUUCAAUCAAUACUUUUAAUCUGCCGUGGCCAGCUCUGACAAACAAAAGAUCUUACGAUGGUACCACCUUCUCAUCUAUAAUGAUAUUAGGAAUGGCUUUUGUUUUCACGAUUGCUGGUUUUGCUGCAAAUCAUGUAAAGAUUAAAGAGAUAAAAUUUAAAAGUCAACUUCGUGUAUCAGGAAUAACAUUUAACAUUUAUUGGGGAGUUAAUUUUCUCUUUGAUCUUGGUCUGUAUUUAAUACCAGCUAUAGUGUGUAUUAUAAUAGUUUUAGCUGUACAGUUACCAUCAUUGACACCAGGUGGAGCUAUCUUUUGUGUUAUUGUUCUUUUCAUCACCUUUAUUCCUGCAAACAUUUUAUUAGCAUACUGUUUUACGUAUGCUUUUGAUAAAUUUGAGACAUGUAUUGCAGUUCUACCCAAUGUCUUUUUAUAUGGAUCCUUGAUACCAUAUUUAGCUGUAUCAUUAAUGGAUAUGCUAAUAAGAGAAGGGAAUGUACCUGUAAUAGUUCAUUACAUCUGCACUUUACUUAUUCCACCUUAUUCAAUAUUUGGAGGUUUUUAUUAUAUUGACCGGGUUUAUAGAAUAAAAAGUUAUAUGCAGCAAACAGACAGUAUAAUAUUUUCAGAUUAUAUGGAAGCUCCCAUUCUUCUUCCUCUAAUUAUGCCUGUAUUCCAUGCUGCAUUGUUGUAUAUAUUGUUAAGAAUACUGGAUAUUAAGAGUAAUGGUGGAAAUAUAAAGGAGUUGUUUAAGUCAAGUAGUCAUAGUAAUCAAGUUGUACCAGAUGAUAACUUAGAUUUAAUUGAAAAUGAAGAUGAAGAUGUAAAAGAAGAAAGACAAAAAGUUGCUAACUUACAACACCAGAGUGGACAUGAUUAUGUUGCAUAUGUAAGUAAUCUGAGAAAAGAAUUUACAAAACGAGGUAAAACAGAAUACAAGGGUUGUACAAAGGUUGAACAUGAUGAUAAAAUAAAAGUAGCAGUAAGAAAUGCUACAUUGUCUGUUAACUCUGGAGAAGUUUUCGGUUUGCUGGGUCCCAAUGGAGCUGGUAAAACAACAUUAAUGAAUAUGAUUAUAGCUGAAGUUGGUCCUACUCGAGGAAAGGUGGAUGUAAAUGGUCAUGAUAUUAGAUCCAACAUGUCAGAAGCUUUUCAAGCUCUUGGUUACUGUCCACAACAUGACCCAUUAUUGGAAACUAUUACCCUUAAAGAACAUUUACAGUUGUUUGCUGCUAUUAGAGGUGUUCCUGAAUCACAGAUUGAUAGAAUAGCAAAUUUCUAUAUAGAAAAUUUAAAGGUUCAAGAACACGCUGAUAAACAUACAAAAAAAUGUUCAGGUGGAACUAAAAGAAAGCUGUGUUAUGCUGUAAGUAUGUUAGGAAGUCCAGAAGUCGUAUUAUUGGAUGAACCAUCAACUGGUAUGGAUCCACAAUCUAAACGAUUUUUGUGGGAUACGAUUUCUGCAAGUUUCUCAUCUACAGAAAAGGGAGCUAUAUUGACCACUCAUUAUAUGGAAGAAGCAGAUGCACUUUGUAAUAGAUUAGCCAUUAUGGUCAAUGGAAAAUUAGAAUGUCUAGGACCCAGUCAACAUUUGAAAGAUAAAUAUGGCAGUGGUUAUUUAUUGGAAAUAAAAAUAAAACAAGUUGCUAAUGUAGAAGAGAAAAUGGAUGAACUAGAAGAGGAGAUAAAACAUAUGUUUCCGCAUUAUAUAUGUGCUGAAAGAUUUGGUGAUAGAGGUCAAUAUAAGAUACCUAGAGAAGAUGUCACAUCGUUAGCUCAAGCUUUUGCUUCACUUGAAAAUGCCAAACAGAAUAUGGGAGUAGAAGAAUAUAGUUUCAGUCAAUCUACUUUAGAACAGGUGUUUUUGGAAUUUGCCAAAAAGCAGUUAGAGGAGGGUGAUGAGAAUGGUGUUAUAAGGUCUCCCAAAAGAAGAGUAAAUUCAAAGGUUCUAUAAUGAUUUUAACCUGGAAUGUAAAAUCCCAUUUUAUUCAUGACCACAUGUAAAUUAUUAUAAUCGUUGAAUUAUAAUGAUUUAUUAUAUUCAAAAAACCAAAUUGAAUAUAGAAAUUGAACACUCUUGUGAAGAUAGAAAAUCAAAGCCUUGACUUACAGAUAACUUCUUACCAUGUGAUUUUAUUAAAUUAUAUUUUCACAGUACCUGCUUUUUAGACUGCCAUGUUCUCAUUUCAAAAUUUGACGGCUUUAGGCACAGUUGGUAUGCUACAGUAUGUAGUUUUGUCUGUUGUGCAGUUUUCCUUUGUUAUCUAUUAUAUUAACAUUUUAUAUUUGUUAUGAUCCAAUGUAUUGUCAUAAAUUACCUUUUAUUUGUAGAACAUAUAUAUACAAGUAGAAAUUACAUAAAGUGUUGCAUAGUUAUAUGGUAUACUUCUAGUUUAUCAACAUAUAAGGUUUUAAAACACAUAUACAGUUUAAGUUAUGUUAAUACACUAGAAGUUAAUAUAUCUAUAUAAUUAUUGUUAUUUUAUUAUCAAUAUAUUACAUGUUAUUAAAUAUUUUUAUUACUUUAUUUCAAAUACAUCAUAUUAUCAUCAAAAGUUUGGGGCUCUGGUACAGGAAAAAAACUUUGUGUUAUGCCAAUUGUAGCGAUUUUUAGAAAAGCUAAUUGUAUAUAUUUCAUGAAUUAGACCUGAUGAAUCAUGUAAACUAAGAACUUGUUUCUAACAAAGAUAAUAUAUAACUAAUAUUAUAUCUAUAUCUGACCUGUUAGUCUAUAAUGUAGCUGAGGCCCCCACCCCUACAAGUAUUUAUUAUAUUGUUAUAUAAAUAUUCUGCCAUAUAUUGCGACUUAGCCGCUGGACUUAUAUAUUAUAUGUUAUUUAUCUAACCAAUGUUUUCUAUUUAUUAAUUAAAAGGUGUUCAUUUAUAAAUUAUAUUUAUGAUUAAGUUUGCCACAGAGAUAUUGUAACAAACCUCUAUGCAAUUUUACUGUAUUUAAUAAAAUCCUGUAUUUUAGACAUAGUACAAAAAAGACACAAGUACAUUAAAGCAUCUAAAUGCCAGAAGGCCAAUAGUUAUUUUCCUUAAAGAUACAUUAUGGGAGAUUAGAUAAAGAGCCGGCAGUUCUCACUAUAAUAUACUCUUCAAAAAAAAGUAGGGGAUAUUCAAAAACAAUACAAAACUGCGGAAAUGGACUGCUGUUUUUAUUAGAGGUAACCAGUGUAUGUUAGUAACAGGCCAAUUGCCUACACAUGAACAUAAACAGUUAAUAUGGGCGGCUUAUCUGACGGCCCCAUUUCACUUGCAAAGAGAUACGCCGUCAAAAGUGAAAAUGGAUGUUUUUGAUUUUUGUCUUAAUGAUGAGUAAUUGCUCCACCAAUCCUCAGAUAUUCAGCAAUUCGUCGUGGCAUGCUCCUAAUCAGCCGUCCAAUCACAAUUUGGAGCAAUCUGACCCACUCCUCUUGCAGUGUCAUGGCCAAUUCUUGCAGUUUUGUCCGUUGACGUCGACGAACAUGUCUCCCGAUCAAAUUAAACGUAACACACUAAAGCAAAGAUACGCGGCAGUUUUCAUCAACCCUUCUUUGAAGUGUCAAAUUUAACAAUGAACCCCUCCCACAUGUAUGGCGCUAUUGCGUGUCGCAUGUGCAGCUCAGUGGUUCUGUUGGGGCGAUAAGUUCUUCAUCUGUGAACAUACACUCAAAGCAUGUCAAGUGUCCAUGACUAUUUAUCAUAUCACAACCGGCAUAGGUAUUUGCAUUUCAGUAUCCCCUACUUUUUUUGAAGAGUAUAGUUAAAAACUAGAUAAUGUAAAGGGGAUUUGCUGAAAAUUUCAGUAAAAAUUGAUCCACUCUAAACCAAGAUUUUAGCGAUUGAAUUUUCGUCCUAGCCUCGAUCAUCAUUAUUAAAGUAGGUACCAUAAAAAACAGUCUCGAUUAUCCAUUUCAUGAGUAAAUCAAGAAUGAAAGUGGAGCAGCAAAUGGUAUCCCAAUCCAGUAAACAUCACAGGCUAGCGUUGACAUCGAGGGUUGAUUAUGGUCUGGAUAAGUUAAUUAAUGUCUAAUUAAUAAUUUAGAUAACAGUUCAGGCCUAAAGAAAGACCUGCAAUAGGCAGAUUUAGCUCUUGCAUAAUGUAUGUUUAAUUAAAUUUAACAAAAAUAUGGACUGAAAUAUGUUCUUUAGAUAGUAAUAUAGAUAAUUAAAAGAAAAUCCUGAAUUUGAUGUCGCCUUUAUCUCGAUGAUAAUGGAUAGCUACAAGUGACAGUAAAGAGGGUGUGAUGAAAUCAAUAAUAGCUAUAAUUUUCAAUAAAAUUGAUCGAUUUUAAUCAUAAUUGGACUGAUUUGCAUGAACUGAAAUUCUUAAUUUCCUUUUUACUGUAGAAAGUCGUCGCUUUAAAGAUAAGGUCCACUUAUUAUGAGAGGUAUACUUAUUAUGGGUUUUUCCCUUUCAUAGAUACAUCAAUAUUGCCAUUAAUAAAUGCUAAUCCAAUUUAGCUGAAAGUGAUUUGAACAACAAUUGGGACGUUAAUACAACCAAAUUAAAUCAACAUGUGCCUUUUUAAAAAUAAAAAGUCUGUGGUAGAAUGUGAUCAGUAAUAUUCAUAUUUUGAUUAACAUUUUUAUUGUUUAUAAUAAUAAUUUAUCUGUGAUUGCAUAAUAUAUUUGUAUAAUCUGUAUGCCUAAUCUUGUUUGUUAUUGUAUAAUUAUCUAGUUAUUGUGUAAUAUUCUUUAUAGUGAUUAAAACACAUCCAUGAACACAAUUUGUUAAGGCAGCUGUGAUGGACAAGCGGUCAGGGAACUGGACUCUUGGCUAGGAUGCCUUAAGUUCGAAUCUUUGUGUUGGCCACUGCAGGGCUGACAUACACUGAGGUACGAACACUGAGGUCCACAUGUGUACACAUUGGCAUGCAUGUUAAAGAAGUCUUGACAGUUGAUUGAAAUUUGAUGAAGAAAAUAUGUAAAUGCCGCCAUCCAAGCAAAAUUCCCCUACCCACCUCCCCCCAGCCUUGCAAAUGUGUCCAGAGAAAAGAAUUAACCAUAUGUUAGCCCCAGUUUGUCAAUUUGACUCUUUAACAUGACAAAAGUAUUGUGUUGUUGAGAUUUUUUGUUACAUUCCAUUCCAAUUUGUUGAUUUACAAUACUUAUAAUAUUGCAUAGUUAUUACCUUGUACAGUUUCUUUACAAUAGGUCUAGCUUUGAGCAAUGUUUAGUUAAGGUCAAGUUGCCAUGGUGUUCAGUUAGUUACAGGUGCGGUUGUACAGAUCUUUAGCAUGUUUCUAAAAUUAAUUACCCUGGUGUUCAGCACUAACUUAUGCCAAAACUUGAAAUCACCCAAAGUUCACUAUGGAAGACAGGUUUAAUGUUUUCCGUCUUGCCGUGUAUGAUUUCUGUACAAUGUGUACUGUAUAUAAAUCCAUUAUUUCUGUAUUAUUAUUUGUUAUAGAUAUAUUUAUAAUAGUUUCUAUUUUUGUAAUUUAAUUAAUAAAUUAUAAAAAAGCACCAAUACAAUAAUUAUAUAUUUUAUUUUCUGUAUAUGUCUACCCAUAUUGGGGGGUUGGAUGGCCAAAUGGUUAGCAUUUGCGCGCUGUAUCAUACGGUCUGUCAUUGAGUCAACUGGCAGAGUUUCGAUUCCCAGGUUGUACAUGACAAGGAGUAGGGUUGCCUUUCCAAUCUCGUGGGUUUUUUCUUGGUCCUCCGGUAUCCUCCUAAUGCUAAAGACCUCCUAUGUGCAAGCAAAUUAUUGAAAUAAAAUUGAACCAUGUGUUAGUCCAGAAAUGACCUAGUUUGUGUCGAGUGGACGUUAAACCCCAUUUCUCUCUCUCUACCCAUAUUUCUAUGUUGAUCCAUAGGACUGCCAAAGUGAAACCAAUGCAGCAAUCAAGAAUAUAUUUUUUAAUGCUAAGAGUAUCAUUAUAUUUCCCCAUAGUUUAACUCAGUUCCUUAUGCAUGGGACUUCAAUGAACCUUAUUGGUUAUAUGUGUUGUUAAUUUAUGUAUGGUUUAUUUACAUCACUCUGGUAUAAAUACUAUAGAUAUUGUCUCAUAUUUCUCAUCAAUAUUAUUGUCACCUCUGUCGUCACCAAACAGUUAAUCAUUCUUGUAAUGGGCAUCUACCUCACUUUUGACAUCAAUUAGAAGGAGUUAUUGUGUGACAAAUAGACAGUUGACUAUUCAAUAUUCUCCUACUUCAUCUGGAAGGUGGGAGACAAGGACAGGUAUAAUAUAAGAAUUUUAUUAAAGAUUCAUUCCACAAGAAUUUUUGUUACCAUUAAUGUUCAGUCAGAGCAAAGACUGAUUAAAUUGUCUGCAAUAUCACCUUGGUCAAAGCUAAUGUAAAUAAAUCUGUUUACAAACAUUAAUGUCUCUUGCAGGGCUUUUGGGGGUAUUUUCUUACUUGUUCUUGUUUGAACACUUCAAAGUAAGUUAAAGCUAAAUUCCUUUGUUGAUUUGAAAUGUAAUUAUGGUACAGAUGUAUUUAAAUUGUAAAGAAAUAAUGUUGUUGUCAUAUAUUCAAACGCUUUGUUGAAAGUAGAUGUCAAUGCUACAGCCCUUGUCCUUUUCCUGUAGCAAGGGCCCAAGAAAUCUCUCUCUGGCAAUUAGGUCUAAUCAAAUAAAACACUGCAAAUUAGUAUAUCCUACUUGUUCAGUGCCUAAAUCAGUGAUUCUCAACCAGUGUGCCUCGGCAUACCUGUGUGCCCUUGAGGUCUUCCUAAGUGUGCCACAAAAUUUUGAACGGCACACUAAGAAAAUUUCUCACUAAAGAAGCCAGCUAUUUGACUGAUGAAAUUCGAAACACUGCAAUAAAGUAAGUUCAUAGCUGUGUUUUUCUUUAUUUAGUUUGAGUCAUUCUGUGUGUCUAUGACUAGUCUGUGUCUACAGCUGUAUCCGGUAUAUGACUUGCCAUGUUUUUAUUUUGCAAAAUUUUAAUAUUUUUCAUAUAUAUUUAGCCAGGUGUGCCGCUAUUUUUUUUUCAUGUGUUCCAAGGUGUGCUGUUGACAAAAAGAGGUUGAGAACCACUGGCCUAAAUGAUUUAGCAUUAUUUAACAUACCUUAAUACAUAUUGUGUAUAUGGUUAAGUUUGAAGAAAGCAUUUUAACAUGAAAUGUAAAAAUGUCUUUCUGUAUGUUUUAAAAUGUUAAUGUAAUCCACAUAAUAAUAGAUUUUACAUAUAUUAUCUUUAUUGUUAUUUUUAUGUUUCCAAUUAUUUAACUUUUAUUUUUAAAAAGAAGCACAAGUUAUUUAUAUUCAUUUACCAGAAAUCUAUUGUAAUAUUUGAUUCACCAAUAUUCUUUAAUAAAAAUCUUUAUUAAA